AGUGUAUACAUCCCACAGGAAAGGCAACCUCUUGCAUCAGCAUCACCUGCUUGUCGCUCCGCAGUCCUUUCCUUCUUUACUAGCGACAUUCACUCUGUCAUCUCUCCUCUCAUGGCACCGCCGCCGCCGACGCCGUGCCGGCCUCCCGCCCCUUCUAUUCAUGGCUCUUCAUGGCGCCAACCGUCGCCUGUCCAGACUCCAGACUGCACCACACGCACACUCGCCUUCGACUCGGCAGCCUCUAGCGCAGCGGACGAGGCCAGUGCUCGAGCCAAGAAGCGCCGACGAAGAGUGGACCAAGCCGCAGCCUUCAUCACAGCCAGAAGACCGUUGGACACGGACCAGGACACGGAUCAGGACGAAGAGCAGGACGAAGUGAGCAAGGACGCAGAAUCCAUGUGGACACUUAAGAGCGGGGAGGACGCUGUACGACACCCCACGCACUCUGGAGGGCAUUUGGAGGACAAUAAACCUGCUACAAAGCCCCCAUUGACUAAUCGGAAGACGUCAACAAGCGUCCAGAAGGACAGUAGACAGAUCACGGUGGACAGACUAAGACAGCUUGUGAAAAUAUGCAGCGCGCAGCACCACGCGGCGUCCGCACUCUUCUACGCGGAUAAGUUGGUGUCCAUGUCUCCCAGCAACGAUAAUGACGUGCUGCUCUUCGCAGACGCGUGCUACUUAAACAGAGAGUUCCACCGAGCUAUCCACACCAUCAAGAAAGCCAGACUCACUGACGUAGAGGCCGUUAAGGGAAUUACAGUGCCUAGCCACGUGACGUUGAGAGCUUUUUUGCUGCUGGGCAGGUGCAUGCUGGCCAUUAAGCAGAAGGAGGAGUGUCUGGAGCUGCUGGGAUCGGUGCUGCCCGAUAGGGAGCAUGACGUGGUGCUGUUUGCUAAGAAAGUGCAGCAGGUAAAUGCAGGAGAUGAUUAUGCUGAAGUUAUCAAUGUGGUGUCGUCGCUGGCGCUGUUGAUGGGCGAGACAUUUGAAGCCAUCGGCAAUCGGGAAAACGCUACGGUUUACUUCCGCAUUGCGCUGCGGUGUGACGUGCACUGCUCGGAGGCGUUCUUUCAUCUGUUUGACAAGCAAAUGCUGUCGGCACAAGAGGAGAAGGAGCUGGUGGCGUCGCUGGACUUUUCUGUGGAUGAAAUGCAGCUACUGGAGCUAUUGUACCAGACUCACGUGGGGAAGUACGACACAACAACUCCAGUUGAGGAGAGAUUUGCUGAAGUGGAGCAGGAGUUCGGCUUAGCAGACAACUUAGAAUUGAAUAUCACGAGAGCUGAGACGUAUUAUUAUCAGCACGACAUUCAGCUGGCGCACGAGAUUUGCGAAAGUGUUCGUGAAAGAGACCCGUUUAAUUUCCGCGUAAUUUCGGUGUAUGUGGGUACACUUGUAGAACUAGGAAAGAAGCGAGAGCUUUAUCACUACGCACAUCAAAUGGUGGAUGUGUAUCCAACGAAAGCUUCAGCAUGGUAUACUGUGGGCUGCUACUAUCUCCUGAUUCAGAAAUACGAGACCGCACAAAGAUAUUUCCACAAAGCGACAUCUCUAGAGCCGAGCUAUGCGCCAGCCUGGAUCGGAUUUGGGAACUCAUUUGCUGCACAGGAUGAAAGUGAUCAGGCCAUGUCGUCAUAUCGGACGGCGUUAAGUCUUUUUCCGGGCUCCCAUCUGCCACCUCUGUAUAUCGGCAUGGAGUAUCUUCGUACCAACAAUUUAGUCCAAGCCCUGGAGUUUAUUCGGCAGGCAAGCGUUAUCUGCCCUACCGACCCAUUGGUUUACAACGAAUUGGGCAGUGUCUAUUACAAGGAAAAGGACUAUCCUCAAGCGAUCGAGAUGUUCACCAAGGCUCUUCAGCUGUGCAAAGGUCUCCCUGAGCGACUUAUGGAGGCAUGGGAGCCGACGCUGUUCAAUCUCGGAUAUUCAUACCGCAAAUUGCGGAAGUUUGACCAAGCUAUUCACUACUUCCAAAGUGCACUUCGAUUAUCACCUCGAAAUGUACGUUUUCUCAUCGAUUUUAUUAAGUGAAAUGAUGGCGUGAUUAUAUUGUCUUCGAUUCGUGCUUCCAGUCCUCCAUUCUUGCUGCACUGGGCUUCACCUAUCAUAUGAAGGGAAAUUUAGAACAAGCAAUCGAAUCUUACCAUGCGGCACUUGCAUAUGCCCCUGAAGAUACACUUGCGGGGUCCAUGAUCACCAUUGCGUUUGAAGAGUCUCUGUCUGGUGGACCCGGUUCAUUUCCUGAAUUUGCGGAGCCGCCCCCGAAAAAUGCCCCAAAAACAAGUGGUCUCACUCCUCUCAGAGCUCGUCGUUCGACAGGAAAUGACAGCAACUUACGGCGUCUGGAUCAGUCCUACAGCAGUAUCGAACGCAGUCGACAGUCACUAGCAUGCUCAAGUCUGAACUUUUCCGAUGAUAGCUCUAUGAUGAACGUGGACGAAGACUGACGGCAGUUGGCAAUAGGAAUGGACGUCUUACACUACAACAAUCGAGGUCGAUACUGACAAUUGUACUAUGAUUCUGUUAUGCCCAGUAUUGCUCGCCUGUAAUGUUGUUGUAGUAAUAUGCUGCGCCGGUGUACUGGUCAUAGAAUUUCUCCCAUGGAUCUGGUG